CUGCUAGCAAAGCUCAUUGAGUAUUGGUUAGUAUUAGACCGAUUACGGAGGUUUUCUAAUGUAUGUAAAUUUUCAGCUUAAUCGAACAGACCGACAUUCAUAAUAUUGAUUUCACUUGUAUGAUUUGAUCAAGUACAACAGAAAUAAGAACAAUUACCGACGAAUAAAUGUUUGUAAUAAUUAAAGAGCUGAUUGAUUUAAGUAGUUGGACUUUACACCGUUGAAUCAUAAAAAACUACACUCCGCAUAGAUAAGAUAACGAUUCCCAAACAAGUAUCGUUUAAAUCCAGUUUUAGUAGUAGUAGUAAAACACUUUAUUGUACAAUAAGAAACACAAAACAGGAAAGAACACACAUCAUUUGUACAAAGGCGAACUUAUCCCGUUCAGGGAUCUCCGCCGGUUAAUGUUUGAGUAGUUUUUGUGAUACUUUAUCCCUCUUAGGGAUAAGUUCGCCUUUGUAGUACACAAAUAUUGUCUAUCUGAUGUAAUGAAUAUUAAUUUUUCUCGUGCAAUAAAGUGUUUACUUACUUACUUGUUUUAAAGAUAACAUGAUAAAACCGUUUGAGAACCUCUGCCUUAUUAGAACCCGAACAGUUAUCGUGAAUCUACAAUAAUACAUUAUCAUUUAUUUGUGUUGUUUAGUUUAUUACUCAACUUCGCCGCGACAUGUCGUUUUAGUUUGACAAACAGUGACUUUCAUCGAUUUUAACGAAGGGUUUGGUGUCAAAGAGUGUUUUAAAUCGUGUGUUAAUUAAAAAUUCUGUUAUAUUUUUAGUGCUCCGUACAAAAUUUGUUCACGGAACACUGAUGGGAUCACUUCGGUCUUGCAAAUCGGUUAAAUGCUCAGAGAUAGUUUGACGUAGAUACGAUACGUCAAAUUCGGAACAGUUAUUAAUAAUGUUUUCUUUUUUCUUUCUGCAACUCUUACCCCUUAAAGAAAGAGUUGUGUUUUUUUACAGUUUGUUCACAAAUUGGUUCUAUAAUAUAUUCUUUUUAACAUAUCGUUUCGCCACGAUUAUUAGUCUAUGGUAAAUUUAUUUAAAAUAAUGAAGUGAAGUGGUGAAUAAUAUGCAAAAGUUACUACAAUUGUAACUUGUAGAGUAUAUUUACUAUAACAGGAGAUUAUUUUUCUAUCGGAUAUAGUUUUUUUCUAUAGAAACGUACGGUACAAGUUAUUACAGUACUUAAAACGUAUACGCAAAAAAUUAUACACAGACGUUUAUUUUAUCAUUACUAUUAAAGUUAAUCAGCAAUAACAAAGUUUUUGCAACGCAAAACGGGAUUCGCAUCAUUAAGUUUUUUUCUAUAAAUUAUUUCCGCCAUUUUAAACUAUGGUUUCCUCUAUUUCAUACACGCACAACAUUCAGUCAAAACAAAACAAACUUUAAACCACUACAAAUAGAGUUGAAAUAAAAAGAACACGUUUAAAUACGUCUGGAAUCAUUUAUAAAAUCUACAAUAAAAAAAAAGCAACGCAUUUUUUGCAAGUAAACAUUUAAAGUUCACCUAAAUACGACUUUACGACAGUUACAAUUCUUAUUUCAAAAGCGAUCACGUAACAAGGUGUGAAAAAAAACUGGUUGGUUGAUUGUAGAAAGCAUUCGGCAUUUAAAAAAGCAAGAUUCCACGUUCGAGCGUGCAACGCGCGUCCUUGACCCGGAAAGAGUGCGUCGCCAUUUUUGGAAGAUGGCCGGCUGUCAGCGUGACAUUUUGAGAACCCGAGACCCCGGCUCAGUUCACCCCCACCCCGUCAGGCGACACAUUCACCCCCAUCGAAACCGCCCCCAAAGACGACUUCGAUGUCAAUGAGUACUUCGCGCGCCUCCAAGGCACCACCUACGUCAGCGCCCCUCUAAACAGCCAUAUUGAAAGUAAUAUCGAAAAGGAAGAUAAUUUAGAAGAAAUUAAUCUAAAUGAGAAUGAAGAUAUACAGUUAAAUCAAAGUAUAACAGCUGAUAUAGCGCAGAAUUUCAGCCAAUUACCGACGGUGCUGCCGCAAGUCGCAAGCGCAGUGUUCUCGUCCUUUUCUAACAUGCUGAUGAAGAGGGAGACGCCUGAGAGGGUGCAGCAAAGUGCGAGUGAGACGCAAGGUGUUGAGACGGUGCCGUUGGUGGGUGUAAGCGAGAAAGCGCCGCUGAGAGAGCCGCCGACUUCUGGUCACGGAAAUUUCCGUUUGACGACCAAGAAGAAAUACGCUCAAAUACCUGGUCUUAGUUCAGGAGAAUCAGGUCAAAUGCCGACGUACACGCCUCCUACUUUCAACCAACCAAUAUUCACCCCCCAACCUGAACUUAAAGAUAAUUUUAUUAAUACUAGCAACAUACCAACAGAUGUUGGUCAAACGAAUGUAGAUUUUAACGCUUUUAGUAAUGUACAAAACAUUCCAUUAGAACACGAUAACAAAUCUAAUGUAUUUGAAACUAAGCAAGAUACAAACUUCGCUGCAUCACAAUUUCAAGAUUCUAAUCAGCAAGGUAUAAUUCCACCACCGCCAAUGUUUUCUAAUUUAUCGAAAAGAGACAGUGUGCCUAGCGUAGGUAAGACGAUAUUACCACCAUCCGUCGCUAGGAGAAUAGGUUCCAAUAAACCUACAAUAACUAAUCAAGCACCAGCUUUUGCUGCGGUUGGUAAUAUAUUCGUACCAGCGCCGAUUGCAGCAGAAACAUUGCCACAAAAUGCUUCGCAACCAUCGUUUAUGGGUAGUAAUCCUACGAGCUUUCCUUCAAGUUAUACAUCACAAGAAGCAUCACCAGUUAUACCGAUGUCUACACCGAUCCAAAGUACAGUUUCGUCAACAACUAUACCGCCAGUUGCCUCUUUAGCAACGACUACACUUGCGUCAGCAAUCCUUCAAGUCGAUUCAUCAAUAAAUGUACCAGAAAAUUCAGCAUCUGGAAUACCCACUUUUACAACGGAAAAUUUUCCACCACCACCGAAAAAUGCAUUCGCAUCUCCCCCUGCAAUGACUUCACAGGCAACUGUACCUUUAAUAAGGGGAAAACUGCCGCCGCCACCAAUAAUUCCAAUCGUACAUCCUCCGGCAACAACUUCACAAGCAACAGUACCUUCAAUUCCGGGAAAUUUACCACCCCCACCGAAAAAUGCAUUUGAUACUCCUGCAAUAGUUUCACAAUCAACAGGAUCUUUAGUAACGGAAAAUCUACCACCACCACCGAGAAAUGCUUUUGCAAGUCCACCAACGAUGGCACCAAAUGCGCCAGAAUUUUCAAUGACAUCAAGUGCUCAAUCUGCAUCUGUAUUAUCGUCACCGCAAUUUAAUCCACCAGGAAGCAAACCGCAAUCUGUAAUCCCACCGCCAAUAACUGGUCCAAAUAAUCCAACGACCACAUAUCCACUAUUCCCAAAUACAGCAGGAGCAUCGUCACCUAUGUCAAUUAUAUCGGUUCAACCACAGAUGAGUACUUCCAAUUUACAAAACCAAUCUACCUCGGGGCUUUCUGCUCAAAGUGCAACAUCAGCAGCUGCACCACAAAUAUUUAAUCCUAACGAACAUUUAUCCUUACUAUCUAAGGAUAUAACAAACUAUCAAUUGCAACAAACGUUGCCUCCAGCAGAACCACAUAAAAUCCCAGAACCACCGAAGGCAUCAGGCAACACCAAUUUCAGGAUGACGAAGAAAAGGCCACAAUAUUACUCAGGACCUAUUGAAGGUGUCGGUGCUAUUAGUAACAAUGUAAAACCCACUCUAAUGCCUGUAGCUACGACUGCUUUUCAAGGUGCCGUCUUUACACCAGAAUCGAAUGCAGGGCAAACAGAAUUGUUUACUCCUGAGAAUGUAACUGAAAAUGCAUCAUCGCAUGGAGCUAUUUUGCCCCCAGGAAAUAAUGAACAUCAACAACAAUAUUAUAACUUCGCGCCUGUUGAUGUAAAUCAAUCAUCAAGCAAUAUUAAUUAUCCAGCAUCUGUAUCUGAAGCCUCGACUUAUAAUUAUAACACUGCGUUUGACUUAUCCCAGCAAGCGCCAGAUGCUUAUGAAGCACCGAAACAAGAAUCCGCAUUUGGCAUAAUAGGCUCUCUUAAAUCGAAAUUAUCGUCAAUAGAUAUAAACAAGCUACAAAACAGCGUUACAACUUUCUUUGAUCCGGGAUAUAAUAUGGUAAAAACGGACACGGCUCAAAAUACUCAAUCUAACUAUGGACAGAAUCAAGGACUAGAAAUAUUCAUAGCUAACCCUGAAACGCAAGUGCAACCUUUUAAUUAUGAUGUACAUCAACAUAAUUUUACAUAUGGACAAGGUUCUAUACCUAAUGCCAGUGAUUAUUAUAAUCAACAAGUUCAUAAUGUUUAUUCAACUUCUAGCUAUUACUCGCAACCCACUUACGGCACACAAAGUUAUAGCCGAACUAAUUUGCCCAUUCAGCAAGGUUAUAGUCAACCUCCAAAUAACACUACAUCUGUCAUAAACACCGAAACUUCACAAGGAGUAAAUCUAUGGGCCUCUUAUGACCCCACUAGUACCGGGCAUAAUAAGGAUUACGUAGCAGAUAAAAGCAAUAUUACUCACGAUCCAACACCUGCCGUAGAAACCGAAUCUACAAAAAGAGCUAAUAUAUGGGAUCCUUAUGACCAAUCUAGUACUAAUUAUGAUAAAGACUGUGUAUCUAAUAGUACUCCAAAACAACCAUCUGCCCUCGACAUAAAUGCUGUACAAGUAGCUAAUGCGAGUACAUAUGACCCAACUGGUUAUGGAUAUAAAGAUAAUAUAGCAGACAACAAUAAUAUUACUCAUGAGCAAACAUCUAGCGUAGAUAUUGAUACUACACAAAGGGCUUAUGCACAGAGUACGUAUGACCGUACAACAACAACAAUUAGUUCUGGUUCUAAUAAAGAUAAUGUUACAGAUAACAAUAGCGUUACUCAUGAACAACUAUCUAGUGUCGACACAGAUAUUCCAAAAAGAGAUAAUAUGCUGGACACUUAUGAUUCUGCUUUUAGUACUAGUUAUGAUAAAGAUUACAUAGCACAAUUUUAUAAUAUUACUCAGGAACCACCAUCUGUUGUAGAAUUCAAAUCUGCACAAGAACUAAAUAUAGGGGAUAGUUAUGACCCUGCAAUUUCUCGUUAUGAUAAAGAAACUGUAGUAGAACAUGAAACAGGUAAUGAUGGUGCUGGUGCUUUCUUCCAAGGUCAGCCAGAAAUUAGCAUUUCGAAAAUGGUUAAAAUGUCAAGUGGAGAAAAUGUAGCGGAAGCUAUUAAAAAUCUGCAGAUCAAAGAUAACGGAAAGACAAAUCUAGAACAGAUUGGUUUAGAGGAAAAACAAAAUAUGUCAUUUAAUAAAUUGUCACAGCCAAUUUUCCCAGGUGUAAUUGAUAUCGAUGAAAAUGACGAGUUGAAGAAAAGUGGUGCUAGUAAUUACGUAGAUAUGUUCAAAAAUUCCGAUAAUCCUGAACUACCCAGUGCGUUUGAUGCGCCGUUGCAGAACCCUUUUUCAAACCCUGAAGAGAUAUCAGACGGUGUUAGUGAAGGAUGUGUUUCCUGGAAUUCUAAUGAAGAAGAAGUGGAUGAUCAAUCAUCUGCUGAACGCUUAAUGUCAUUAGCCAAUGAAGACUUUGAAGAUGAUAAUUUGUGCGCGGACGAAGGUGAGCAAGAUGAUAAUCUAGAUAUUUGUGUAACUUGUAGGGAAGUAAACCAACCUGUGCAGAUGCAACCCGUGCUAGCAGAAGAUUUAACUCACCAAAUGAUUAAAAAUAUAACUGCCCCCAUACAACUUUCAAACCCGGUUGAAGUUCCAUUGACCGAAACAGAUAUAAAUCGAGAUGUUCCAGAUGAAUUCGACACAAUCAACCAAUGCGCAGAAAUAUCACUGAUUGCUGAUGAAACUAUAGAAACGUUGCAAAUACAGUCGGCUUCUGAUUUGUUAAAUGAGACUGAAAGCACCAACAUUGACACAAGUUACGGUUGGCGUAUUGAAGCUCCGUUGCCUCCCGGCGAAGACCUUUUGGACCACGAUUAUACUUUUAAAACUAAUUCCAGUGCUAUAGGAUCAUUUGCUAAUAAUAACCUAUUCUUUGACAAUGUAUCUAACUACGGUGACAUAAAAACUGAGUUAAAUGUACCUCAGAAGGAGGCUCCCAUAUUGCUGCAAAGUCAAAUGAGUAUUCCUAGCGCCCCACCGGCAGAAGAUUCAGAUGAUGCUAAAUCAGACGAAACGGGUGUGCUAGAUGUUCAGUCGAUAGAACAAGACGCAAGCAAAGACUUUCCAGUUUUUGAAGAAUAUGUUAUUGAACCAUCGGAGAUGGACGAUGACAAGAUAGAAUUUAAAAGUCAAGGUGACGAAGUAAAAGAUACUUUUACCAAUAGGGUUGCUAGAUUUAAAAAGCUUGAAGGAAAUGAUGAUGCUAUAGAGAAAAAUGAUUUUGCUGAUUUGUCCAUUCCUAAUACGAUGAUGCCUUCGUAUUUUGACACAGGUAACUAUGCUGUUGAAACUCAUGUCAAAAAUUCACUAAAAUCACCGACUAUUGCAAGGAUACCGCCAGGUUUUGAGGAUCAUUAUGAAUUAGUGCCUAAGGGUCAUAAUCAACGUGGAACUGUAAAAGUACCAGAAACUUCGACACAAACAACAAUCACUACAACAAUUAGUGAUGUGCACACAAAAACUGAGAAUUUGACAUCUACUGUUUUGUCCAAUAUUACACCUUUAACAAACGAACCUACAAACAUACAAGAACCAAAGUUGGAAACAAGACUGCCUGAUUUUACUGGUGUUUUUCAGGCAAAUAUAAAACUUGCUGAUACUAGUUUCACUGGUGCUGAGAUAAGUAUAGAAUCUACAAAAGAACAUACCUCUGUUAAUCCUCAAGCUAAUAUUGAAGAUAAAGUGCAGGAAAAUAAACCAAUACCGUUACCAGAUCCUAUAAAUUUCUUCGCAUCCUCAACACAAGAAACUGAAACGACGGAAGGCGUGAAUAGGUUGGCAAGCUAUUUUGCGGCACCACCUAAAACUAACACUACGAAGUCUUUUUUUGAAUUAAGCCAAGGACAAGACCAUUAUAGACAAAAUGACGAAAUAAAAGGAAGCAAACCUUUUUUUGAAUUAAGUCAAAGUCAAGAUCAUUAUAAAGAAAAUAUUGCCAACAUUCCACACGAUAGAUACAUAGCGAACUUAAAUCUUAUGAGUGACUUGACAUCCCCUCAAAACAUAGAGCCUAAUAAAGAGCAAAUAGUUAGAACAGUCAACUAUUUUACCGUAGAAUACGACAAUGACAUUCUUAAUUUUAACAAAGGUGAACCUAGUCUCAAUAUUAUAAAACAAAACAUAAAUAAACAAACUGCCAACCAACCAGAUAUCGUGAAAGAUGAAAUCGAACUAGAAAAAGAGGAAACCAUUCUAAAUGACGAAAUAUUAACAGAAAUUAUAAAGAAAUGUAGAUAUUGUAAAGAUUUAAAAGCGGGUCCCAUUUUGACGAUUAACGAGGUCGAUUUAGACUUAGUCCAGGUUAGGUUUAGACAAGCUAUGGACGGUGCUAGUAGCCCUAAGAAGGAACAAGUGAAUGUGGAGCCAAGAAGGGAUAAAGAGCGAUCAGUCAACGUCAGGAUGGAAGACGUUGCGUCUGAUGGAGACAAUAGCGAAGGAGUUGCUAUGAUGACCGAGAAUCGCUCCUCGAACGAGUACGAGGCGGUCAAACACCACUGGUUUUACCGAGUGGACUGCGAAGAUAAGUCGACUUGGCGCGGGUUCUCUGUCAUGGAUUCGAGGGCUAUAGAAAACGCGUUUCAGAGCCCGAAUCUAAAUGAAAGUACGCUGGUUCCGACCGACGGUGGCAGAUAUGACGUGAACGUGAUCGGACGACUGAGGAUAGCUGUGUAUUGGUCGGAUAAGCCAACCAAUGUCCGGAGAUGCAGUUGGUUCUAUAAGGGCACCACUGAUGCGCGGUAUGUGCCCUAUACAGAGGCCGUGGCUGAAAAAUUAGAGGUGGAAUACCGUCACGGUAUAACGACAGGGGAAUGGCACCGCCGUCUGGUUCUCCCGAACAACGAGUUGGUAGUGAUGCACGGGCCGGCAGUCAUGGUGCAUUUCCUGCAGGCCGGCGCCACUGACGCGUUCAGUGCGCCAAAUCAAUCCGCCAUGCGCCCGCGCGUCGUCCGCCGCGGCAUCGACGAAUCGGAGAUCGAGGACUCUGAACCGUCGAGUAUAGACCAUCUGCUGUUACUCUGUCACGGCGUCGGCUCCGCCUGCGAUAUGCGGUUUCGAGCCGUCGAGGAAGUUGUGGACGACUUUCGAGCGACGAGUCUUCAACUAUUGCAGUCGCAUUACAGGAACUCGUACGACAACGGCAUCGUUGGAAGAGUUGAGGUGCUGCCGAUCUCGUGGCACGCCAGCCUGCACGCGGGCCCGCGCGGCGUGGACCGGCGCCUGGCGCGCGUCACGCUCGCCUCCAUCCCGCGCCUGCGCAACUUCACCAACGACACCGUGCUCGACGUGCUGUUCUACACCAGCCCACAUUACUGUCAGAUGAUCCUAGACACGGUAUGCGGCGAGCUGAACCGUAUCUACACCCUGUUCAUGUCUCGCAACCCGGACUUCAAGGGGCGCGUCUCCCUCGGCGGCCAUUCUCUCGGCAGCGUCAUAUUAUACGAUCUGCUGUGUAACCAACCGAUACCACGGAACCCCGUGAAGCCUCGCAGCGAGAAGACUUACAUCAGUGGAACGGCAGCCAACAACCCUACGAUGCAAUACCCCACUCUAUGCUUCGAGCCUUUGGCGCUUUACGCCCUCGGGAGCCCUAUUGCCAUAUUCGAGUGCAUCCGCGGCGUGGACAUGUUGGGCAGCGACUUCUACCUGCCCACGUGCCGCAAUUUCUUCAAUAUCUUCCACCCCUACGACCCCAUAGCGUACAGAAUUGAGCCUUUGGUGAACCCCCAGCUUCAAGAUGUAAAACCCUCCCUAAUACCGCACCAUAAGGGCAGAAAACGAAUGCAUUUAGAGUUAAAAGACACCAUGGCCAGAGUAGGGGCAGACUUGAAGCAAAAACUGGUGGAGUCCAUCAAAAGCACGUGGUCCUCCAUGUGGUCCUCCGCCGCCCCGCCGGACCACCAGCUCGAGAAGGUCGUGGAAGAAGAGAUAGAAAAAGAGCAGCUUGAGGAAGAGAGUUCGAAGGAUGAACCCGUCCAGGCUGAUGUGACCCCGGGCGAGAUGCUGGGCCGGCUCAACAACGGGCGCCGAGUGGAUUACGUCCUUCAAGAAGCUCCUUUUGAGAUGAUCAACGAGUACAUCUUCGCCAUGUCCAGCCACGUUUGUUAUUGGGAAUCAGAAGAUGUGAUGCUCCUCAUACUGCGCGAGAUCUACGACUCCAUGGGGGUCCAGCCUGACGUCACCGUCCCACAGCAGAGCCUGACUGUGCAGCGGACCACUAUAGUGACUAGCGGUGAAAGGAUCGUGACUUCAGAUGCAUCUACCAGCCGUCUGCCGUAGCUAGAACAUCUUUAGUAGAUUUCUUAAUUAUUUAUCAUUAUAGCAAUACCAGAAACAGCAACCUUUCCAAUCUUGUACUUUAUUAGUAUUAGAAAAAACUGUAAGAAGUUAACAGGAGGGGUUUCAUCGGGCAAUUGAGUUCCCAGCAAGCUCGGUUCUCCAUACAAACGUAGUUAAGCUCUCAUUUUAAAACGACUAGCUAGAUUGCUCUGAAACUGUGUACUUACAGUAGGAUAAGGUAUAUCUAGUCCUAUAACUAGUUUAUGUAGCUUCAGAUAUCAUGGUAAAAAAAAUACAGCUAAUUUAAGAUUUUCAUGCAAAACUUGUUUUUGCUCUAUUUUGUUUGUUUUAUAAGCUAAUUACAGGCAUUGAUAUACCUCACGUCAUUGUAUGUGCAAUGUUUCAUUACAAUACAACACGUAGUUUCAAAAAGGGGAACGAAACUUCGUUUGUACGGGAAGGUGAAAUUUGACCGAGCUUGCCGAGGACUCUUAAGUGUAAUAACUUAAUAAUUAAUGAAAUUAUUUCAAGUACCAUGAUUAUAGCUUAUUAUUUAUAUGAAUUGUUUACUCCAUAAAAUGUCUGAUUUAGAAUUGAAUGCUUACUUCAGUGCAGUUCUCUCCUGAAAAACGAAUAUUGUUAUUUUACUAUAUGGAUACUGAAUCGCGAUUCUAUUACAACUGAAAUAGGGUUGGUUUUUCUAUGGAUAUGAACUCUCUUUAUUAGAGGUUCGCAAAUGCAAAUAAUAAAAAUAAUGCAAUAAAUAAUAAUUGUACUACUUAUAAAUGAAAAGAGGCAUGACCUCGUAGGUAUAAUGACUUAAGUAAUUUAAAUGUUUCAAAAAAUGCGAAAUUGUCACAUGAAAAAAUAUCGCAAACUUCUCAUAUUUUUAUAUGGGAUUCGAAAUUUUCAUUUUCAUAAUGAAUUCCCUUGUUUCCUGUGAAAUUUCCAAGAACUUUCCGGAAACUUUCAGCAACUUGCACAUGUGUAUGUAUACAGGUUUAACAGUACUUCGUAGACAACCUUUUUUUUCAAUUUUAAUUUUCAAUUAAAAAAAAUACUAACAAGAUUUGCCAAAUAGCAACACUUCAAAAAAGGGAUUAACGUGAUACACUUCAUUGCAAUAAGCUUCUCAAUCUUGCUUUGUUGACAUUUUCAUACGAAAAAAAACCCGUUAUCUUUGCUCUGAAGCGUACAUAAUCAAUCUUAAACCAAUUCUUGGCAAAUUAAAAAAAAAACAGUUCAAAUCUCGUUUGCGCCUGAUAGAGGAAAAAAUGCUCUUAACUAAAUACAAAUAGCGUGUAAAAUUAUAUAUUAUGUAUGAUACAUUGCCAAGAAAAGGGUUAAAAGCAUGUGUAUGAAGGCGGUGCUCGUCUGGCAGCUAAUAGAUUUGACAGUUGACAGAUGUCAAACAUAAAAAUUGGGCCCCACGAAUGUAUUAAUUUUUGCCUCGUGGAACGCGGUUAUCCCUUUUAGUUCCCCAACCACGUUCACAGAUAGGUAGCGUGCAUGAACUGUAGGAGGCAGCACAGGAGCCGUCAGAUUUUUGGCGCGAGGCGCAAAUAUGAUGUUUUUUGUUCCGAUGUAGCCCACAAGAUGGCAGAACCUACUAUGCACAAGAAAACACUUGACGUGUAAAUGUGCCCGUUUAUGGUUUCGAUUCAGACCACAAGAUGGCAGACCCUUCAACGCGCACGGUCCCUAUACCUUAUUUUUAUUUAACUUGCUUAUAAUAAAUAAUAAAUAAAUAUCAUGGCUUAUACAGUGUCAAGCAUAAGUUUUUGAUAUAUAACAAGACAUUAAAAAGUUAAGUACUACCAAAGAUACAUUGAUUAAGAUGUGUAAAAUCUAAGACAAUUUCGUGUUUCCAAUUUGACAGGUAAACGAGAUGGCGCUGUACAGCUCCGUACAUUUUUCGGUAACUCUUUUGACAAUCACAAAAGUUGACGUUUGACAAUUAAGAGACCGCAAAACAUAUAGCGCUGUACAGCGCCAUCUGUUUCGUAUGUCAAACUAAGGGGCACGUUUUUUUCUUAGACUUUAACUCUCUAUUACAAUCUUUGGUACUACUUACUGGUGUUUAAAUAGUCGACAAUCCAAUAAUAUAAGUAUGUAAACACAGUGUAACAUCGAGGUCAGAAAUAUGUAUUCGCGCUCAAAUAGUUUCAUUUCAAAUAUAUUACUUAUUAAUAUUAGGAAUAUUAGGAUACAAAAUUGUGAUUAGUUAAAUAGUUGUUAAAAAAAACAUUUGUUUAAAAAAAAAGCGAAAAAUAUUAUUUUUAUAAUAAGAAAUGUUGUAUCAACUGGUUCCAAUAGGAAUGUUGACUAAAAGUCAAAUCGACUUCUUUCGUCUUUGAAAAAAAAAGAAAAAAUGUAAACGGUGACGUCAUUGACCUGUAACCGUGACGUCAUUGACUGUAACAGUGACGUCAUUGACUGUAAACGUACGAACGUGUCUUGCUAUUUCAAUCUCGGUACAAAAAGUACUGAUGUUGACUGAAGUAUGACAAAUAUGAACUUGUUCGAGAAAAUACGAUGGAUAACAAAUAAAUGCAUAAGCACUGCAUCUGUAUUUCAAAUUGACUACUCUUAGUCCGAUUUAUUCAAUAGAAAUUCUCCCAAACAUUUAUCGAUUUUCUCAUAAUUUGUGUCGUUCUCAAGCAAAAGGUUAUAAGAAAGCUCUGACAGGUUAUUCGUAUAAAGAUACGAGCAAAUUUCGUCCUUAUGGUAAUCGACAAUGUGGUACCUUUUGCUUGAGAACGUCACAUUUUCUUGUGCUUUAUUUCUUGUAUGGUAUGAAUUAAGGUGCUUUCGGGUAAUUCCGAAAAUCACUUACAAUUACCCGCCAGGCGGAAGCAUUCGGAAUUACCCAAAGACACCUUACAGUCAACAUCCCUCUUCAGUACCCCUAGUGUAACUUUGAUCGACAUUAUAACGUGACGAACGCGUUUGCGUUAAGUCUCAUUUUGUAUAGGAUUUUGAGUUUCCAAAACGUCCCGCUUGGCGCGAUCUUUCGAAAUCCAAUACAAAAUGAGACUAAACGCAAACGCGUACGUCACGUUUGGAAAUCGAAUUUAUUUACACUAGGGGUACAGAUCUAAAAAAAAGUUUUGAAAAAUUGUCAUUGGUGCUGUGGCAUUCAUUAUUGUUUGAAAAUAUUUCGUUAUUUUUAGCCAUUAAUUCGGGUAAAAAAAUUAUUUAUUUACAAAUAUAUUCAAGUUUACAGUUUAUUUCAAUAAAUUGCAAACUUAUAUAAUUUUUGACGACACCCGGUUCAUAAUAAGGCACUUCUUCGUAGCAUAAUAAAAUAUAUAACCUGAAUUAUUUUAUCAGAAUAUGUAAACAAUGGUCACUGCUCCGUCUAUUUUUGUGAAAUUGACGUGUUUUCGAACGAAAUAAUGGGAGCUCCAUGUUUUUUGCAGACUAGAAAAGAAUAUUUACAGUACAUAUGGUGCUACUUUUGGACCCGGGUAUGUCCUUAAACUACGUCCACAAGAGAGGUAUGGGCAUUGUGAAUGUCAUCUCGCUCUGUGUGGUAGGGCACAGCACAGCGGAUGUCAUUCCAGAUCUAGAGCAGAGCCCAACUGGGGAAGUACCUCCACCUUACAGAAAAUCGCAGCCAAAUAACACUAGACCCUACUCAUAGUGUUGUGUUCCUGCCGGUGAGUAAGGUUGCCAGAGCUCAACGAGGGUGGGAGGGGGUUAGGGUCGGCAACGCGCAUGUAACUCCUCUGGAGUUGCAGGCGUACAUAGGCUACGGAUACUGCUUACCAUCAGGCAGGCCGUAUACUUGUUUGCCACCGACGUAGUAUAAAAAAAAAAAAAAAACUUUACCGCACUACUCCGAUGAUAGGCACAUUACGCAACUAUGCCGAAAAUGUUAAUUGCCAUAUGUACUGUAAAACGUACGAUACAUGUGCGAAUAGGUAAUUCGCAACGAGUGUCGAUUUGAAACACUCCCUUCGGUCGUUUUGAAAUUCCUAUAUUUCGCACUUGUAUCGUAAUGUACUAUUUUGAGUAAUUGCAGUCUUCUUUUCGAUUCGAAUUUCUUCUGUUAUUUAUUUAUUUAUGUUUGUACACAAGUAAACUAUAUUUUUGUGCCCCAGAAACUAAAGUAUCUUUUUAGAUUCUGAGAUAUAAAAGCAGAGUUUACAUAGUUAGAAUAUUUUUUUGUUUUUAAUGAGUAUAUGUAUAUGGCUGCCUCACAGUUGAAGGAAGAGGAAAAGAUUUUUGAUUAGGUUUUUUUAAAUUGUGCAAGAAAAAAUGGAGCCCCCUAAUGUGUUGUAUAUACACAAGCACGUACCUACAAUGCAAUUCAUUGUGUACCUACUAACAAUUAUUAUGAAAUAAAGUUUAUAUUUUACUAAAUAA